UAAUCAUUAACGUUGAUCAUUAAACAACGUACAUAUGUGGAACGCGUGUUGAAAAAAAAACCCAAAAACAACCCAAAAGCAACUCAAGAGCAAUAAUAUAUAGGAAAACGUGUAUAUGAAAAUCUGUGUAAAAAAUUAGUGUGGAAAUUCGCAUUUCUUUGUACAAAAAGUGCUAAAAAUAAGCAUUUACCUACACAGCGACAACCUGCGGGAUCAAUCAACCAAAGACAGUGGUGAAAUAUAAACAAAAAACUGAAUAUUCUUCAUAUAUGAAACAGAUAUAUAUGUACAGUUAUACAUAAAUAUACAUAUUAUAAAUUGAGAUUUUAAAACGGAAUUUUAUUAUCUGUGCAUUAUUUAGUACUUGCGUGUUUUACUUAUUUUAUGGUGAAAUACACAGAGUAAACAACAACAACAGCAGAAAUAAGUGUUAAUUAAAAGCGUUAAAAAAUAUAAAGAAAAUACUUAAAAGUAAAAUUUUCGACAGUGAACUAAAUAAAAACUGUGCAAAGGCAUAAAAGCAUAUACAAAAAACAACAACUACACACAGAUACAAACAACGUUUUAGCCAAAGGUGCAUUCCCAAAAGUCUUAACUUGGAACGCCGCGCAGCAAUUUCAUCAAAAAUCUUUGCAUUUUCCAAUGUAGCCGUUUGGGGAAAAUUAACACGAGCGUCGUUGUUUCGUGUUAAGCAUCAAAUACAAUUGUAUUACGUGCGAUAAUUGAAUGCAUUUCAUUGUCAAUAAUCACAUUGCUUUCGUAUUCGUUUUGUGAAAAGUGAAAUUAUUCGCAUUACUAUUUAGAUAUUUAUAUGAGUGUAUUUCCGUAUUCAAAAAAGUUAAAUCAUUUCUAACACAGGCGUACAAAACAAAAAAUAAUAAAACAACUACAAAAACAAAACACAGCAAGUCACGCGAGUUUAAACUAAUUUGUACUUCAAUGGGGUGACUUGUGGAACAGUGCUCUCCUGAACCCGGGACCAAAAGGGACUUUAUUGACCAAAAACUCAAACUAACUCCGGCCUAUUUUACAAAAUUAAACACAAAAAAGACAACAAAAAUUUUCGGCAAUCAACAUUAACUUUUCAAAGUUCUUCCAACACAACCGAUACUAAAAGGAACACAGCAAUCUUAGUGGCAUUUACCGCCGACACAACAAAUACAUAACCAACUAUUUGCAUUUAUAGAUCAUCAAAAAUAAAUAAAAUUGAAGAAGUGGCAGUCAGACAUCACAGAACAUAGUUUCUCAUCCUACAAACAAAACAGCUAGCGAUCUAAACGCCUCCUCCGAUGAGCAACACGGUCGUUUUGCCAGUCAAAGUGGCCAUAGAAACCCAAUACCUCGGUGCUAACCAUCACGCUUGUGCCAACACUUCACGCACAGUUGUUGUUGCCGCGAACAACAUCAACACACACCGCCGCAGCUUUGGACAUUCGUACGCUGCACGCGCCGAUCACAAUUAUCGUCGUGUAUAAAACCCUAUACCCAUAUCAUUUGGUGCUGUUACCAGCUAAAUUUUUCGUGUGAAAUCAAAUCUAACUCCAAAUAAUCUGUAUUAAAAUAUAAAAACAAAGAAACAAGAGGCUCAUAUCUAUAAAACAAAGAACGCAAGUAAAGGCGUAAUAAAAGAAACUAGAAGUUGUAUAAGCAGCGUUUUAGGCGCUUAAACCCUUUCCUUUCGUUUUUGUAACCAGUAAGCUUCAAGACGGCCGGUACAAUGCUUAAAGUUGUCGGAGCAUCUUGGCAAAAAACUCGGAUAGGGACUUACAUCCUUAUCGGUGCUGGUUUACUUGUGAUCGGAGCAUUCUUCAUUAGCUAUAUGGAUCGUCCGAAAUAUAAUGGUACCUAUUGUGCUACGGCAUUUUGGUCGAAACAGACUGGAUUUCACAUUGAAUACUGGAAACAACAAAAUGAUCUUCUUAACAUUCCAAAGGGUGCUGCUAGAGUCUGCUACAAGGAUUCCAUCUAUGAGAGUGGUUGGGCGCAAAUUGAGGUCGAAACACAACGAACCUAUCCCGACUGGGUACAGGCUUUCGGUGCUGGCAUACUUGAGGGCUCUUUGACAUGGAACAACAUCUACAAUCAAUGGAAAAACACCAUCGAAUCGUCCUGCAAUCGUGAUGAGAGUUCACAGAAUUUUUGCACAUGGCUGCGCAAACUACUCGACGAUAAUUAUAUGAGCAUCAAAGAGACGGCUUUGCAACGUGGCGAACAUGAUCACUACUGGCAUCAGAUCAGUCUUUACUUCAGACAAUUGGAGGGUCUCGAGACCGGCUAUAUACGCGGCGCAUCACGUGCACGUUCAGAUCUCGAAGAGGAAAUACCAUUCUCCGAUUUUCUGCUCUUGAAUGCUGCUGCAGACAUACAAGAUCUGAAAAUAUAUUUUGAGAAUUUCGUACUGAAGACGGAGAAUCAAACAGUUGCUGAUGCGCAGGCAAAGGCUACAGAAGUGGAGAAUGCAGCUGAUGCGGCUCCGGCUGCGGAAAGCGGACCAAAGAACUUCUUUUUACCGAGCGCUACAAUGCUAACCAAAAUCUUUCAAACUGCCGAUUCACCAACAUGGCGGUUACUCUUCGGUCACAGCACCGCCGGCAGUUAUGCUUCAAUGCUACGCAUACAGAAACGUUAUAAAUUUCAUUAUCACUUCUCACCGAAUCAACGCUCGAAUACCGUGCCCGGUGUGGACAUCACAUUCACCGGUUAUCCAGGCAUACUCGGCUCCACCGAUGACUUCUACAUUGUUAAGGGACGUCAGGUGCAAUCGAUUGUCGGUGGUGUGGGCAUUAAAAAUGAGAAUCUCGACUUGUGGAAGACUGUAAAUGUCACACAAGCCUUGCCGUUGGCGGCACGCGUCAUGGCCGCAAAUCGUAUUGCGCAGAAUCGACGCACCUGGGCGAAGGCAAUGUCGCGUCACCCCUUCACUGGUUGCAAACAGUGGAUAACGGUUGAUUUGAAUAAAUUACGUCCGCAAGACAAUUUGUAUAUGACUUUGGCGGAGGAUGAGAAGCACGACGAUGCCGCAUUGCCUUUGAAUGCAGCCGAUGAGGCGGCCAUUAAUGAGCGCCACAAUCGCAAUAAGGGUUUGGUGUGGAUCGUCGAACAAUUGCCUGGACGCAUGCAUCUCAAGGAUGUGUCAGAGAAUUUCCUAACGGGUGACAACUCCACAUGGAUCGCCAAUGGUGUGCCAUAUUUUGAUGAGAUGUUGCAAGCUAGUGGUGUAACGCCUGAAAAUGCCUAUGAUGAUAUGAAAGCCAAACUCGAGGAAGAGCUCACCAACCUCGAGGCCGUCGAUCAGUUUAUGCGCAAACACGGUUUUCGUGGCGAUCUGUUGGGUGAAGAGUCCGUGGCUUAUGGCAAUAUUGAUAUCAAGCUGUUCUCCUACAAUGCUCAGAUUGGCAUCAGUGAUUAUCAUGCCUUUGCUGGCCCGAUCUUUAUACGGCUGCAGCAUGUACAAACACGCGAGUCCGUGGCAAGCGUUGCCAGCGAGUCGACGGAUAUUGCAUCGAAUUUGAAGGACGAUCGUUUGAGUGUGAGCAUCGAUGAUGCGGCCCAACUGGCGGAGCUGGAGCGCAUCACCGAUCGCCGUUCCGUGCGUAAUGACAUGCAAGCGAUCGCUAUGCGCGAGGCUUCGAACGGCCCCUUCAAGUGGUCUGAGGUGGCGAAUCAUAUGUCCGAUGUUGAGCAUCAAGGUCAUCCAGAUGAAUUCAACUUCGGCAAAGUGGCACCGAAAUGGGCGUGGUAGCAAGUAGCCGCUUUUGUAUUUAGUUUUACAGUCAAACAGACAUCCAUACAUACAAACAUACUCCCACAUUUGUACAUACAUAAAUACAUACAGUAGCCAUUUUAAUUUGCCGUGUGGAAUUUUAUACCAUUUACAUAUUAUAUUGUAACUUAUUCGCUUGUGUUCUACCGAAAUUCAUGUAAAAACCAAACAAAUUUUUAUUAUUUAGUAAAUUUUAUGAUUUCUAAAGAAUUCGAAACGAUUGCAUCUAAAGAGAAUUGUUGUGAUUUUAAGUCGAUUGUGCAAAACUUUUUUUCGAUUUUAUUGUAUAAUGUAAUAGUGAUUUGUUAAAAAAAUAUAUAACUUUUGUAAGUCCAUAGUUUUAAAAAGCAUAUAAAUUUGUAUUGUGAAAAACUAAACUUUAGUCUUCCAUAGUGUCGUCCAUUUUGGUAGUUUUUUU